AAGUGAAGAAGCAAAGCAACCAACUCGGAUCUGAUCUGAACACCGUCACGCACUCAACUCACUAACGCACUCACCCCCCCACGGACACCACUACAGCACCACCACCACCAACGAACGGCACAAUGGCAGAGAAUACAGCAGCGAGCAACGGCCGUGAGGUCAAGGUUGUGAUUGGCAAUCAGGCCGCCUUUGAUGAGAAGGUCGCCAAGCUCAAGAAGGACGGCGCCAAGAAUCUGCAGGUGAUUGCGGACUUUGAUUACACGCUGACGCGGUUCCGCCUGGACGAUGGGAAGCGCAGCGCAAGUACGCACGCAGCAAUCGAGAUGUCAAAGCUGAUGAGCGAGCAGUUUGCCACGGAGACGCGCGCCAACUUUGAACACUACUACCCCAUUGAGGUGUCGGACAUUCCUCACGAGGACAAGGAAAAGGCCAUGAUCGAAUGGUGGACCAAGAGCCACGAGCUGAUGAUCAAGCACGACCUGCGGCGCGAGUACCUCGAGGACAUGGCGGGCAGCGACCGGCUGGUGCUGCGCGACGGCGUGAAGGAGUUUCUGCAGUCUCUCAAGGACAAGGGCGUCCCCAUCCACAUCUUCUCCGCGGGGCUGUACGACAUCAUCCACGUGUACCUGCGGCUGCACGGCUUGGAGGGCAUGGCGCACGUGGUGUCCAACAUGAUGACGUUUGAUGACGAAGGAAAGCUCACCGGCUUCAAGGGCGAGCUCAUCCACACCCUCAACAAGAACAGCAAGGCCCUGCGUGACUCGCCAGAGUGGCAGCAGGUGCAGGAGCGCACCAACGUGCUGCUGCUUGGCGACAACGCCGGCGACAUUGGCAUGGCCAAGGGGCUUGACCGCCACACCGUGCUCAGCGUUGGCUUCCUCAACGACCGCGAGGAGCGGCUCGAGCUGUACAAGCAGCGGUAUGACGUGGUGCUGCUUGGCGAUGGCGACAUGACGUACGUCCGCAACCUCCUCGCCGACAUUGUUGGCUGAUGUGGGCGAGGGUGAGGGAGAGGGAGGGAGGGAGAGGGGGGUGUGUGUGUGUGUGCGUGUGUGUCUGGUUGUGUGCGUGUGAUCGCUUUUAUGCGUUCGCCCACGUGCGUGUGAUCCCGUUCAUGUGUUCACGCACGUGUGUACUUGAAACGCGCUGCCAACAACGUCCGCAUGUUGAGAGUCCAGGCUCGUGAUAAAUACAACCAAGCCAGUGUUGGCAGUGUUUCUUUUGUGUGUUCGGUUUGGUGCAGACUACACGCGAUAAUAACAGACCC